AUGUCAUCCCAACCACCAAAAGACCACCUCACCACCCUCUCCACCCACAUAACCACCCUCACCCAAAAAGUCACCCAACUCCGCGCCUCCCUCUCCCACUGGCAGCAAUGGUACCUCGAAUACUCGUCCCUCAAAGAAGAAAUCUCCCUCCUCCCCUCGACCACCCCCACCCCAGUUGAAUCCCUCCGCCGCAUCCGCCGCGACUUCUCGGGCAAGGUCCUCACCCAAAAGGAAAUCAACGAGAUAAUGGGAAAGACUGAUUUUCGAGAGGUGGAGCAAAUGCUCAGCUUGUUGACUCACAGGAUUGAUUACGUAGAGGGAAACAUCAAUACUGUGGGCAAAAUGCUAGAGCAGGAGGAGAAUCGGCUGGCGGCGGCGGAGGUGGUGGCGAGCCCGGAUGUGCCGAGGGAUGAGGAGAGUGGGUUGCCGAUUAUGGAUAUUGUUGAGGGGGUUGAGGAGGGGAAGGAGAAGAAGGAGCAAGAGGAGAAGAAGGCCACGCCAAAGGCUGUCGAGCGAAAGGGUGAACCGAAGGGGGGUGUGGCCGAUGGGGAAUCGAUGGUCGCCAAAAAGACGGUUACCUUUGCUGAGGGUACGAAGCCUGGACAUGCGGAAAGGGAAAAGUUGGAGAAGACAUUUGCGCAGCAGCAAUUGGAGCACGUCAUCAAGAUUGCUCAGGAGUCGCAGGCCAUGGAUAUGUCCAAGGCUGUUGUUCCGGAGGAUGAGCCGGAGGAGGAUGCCAAGCUGCGGCGGGAGAUGCUCGAGUAUAGCAUGUCGGAAAUCGGUCCUGUAGUCGCUGAACUCACCUUGGAAGAGGGCGAGUUUAGUGAUGACGAGGACUGGGAUAUGGAUGAUGAAGAGGAAGACGAUGACGAGGACGAUUUGGGGAGAUCCAAGCACAGCGUUUUGUCUUCUGACUACAUCCAACGCAUGCAGGAGCUCGAAAAGAAACUCGGAGUGAAAUCUGCGUUUAGCGCUCCUGUUCAGCAAGAACGAACGGUACCUGAUGAGGGUAUGGGGAGGAUCUCGGUCGUCAAGGAAUCGGCACCCAAGGCAGCGACGAAGACUCCCAAGGAGAAGGCGAAAGCACCCAAGGAGAAGAGCGUCAGCUUUGCGACAGAGCUGGAUAUUGCUCCUACUACAACCACCACCCGGCCAGAUGCAUCGGCAGCUCCCAAGAUCAAUCCCGUCGUCGACAUUGUGGAAAAGGUCACAGAUUUGACCAUGCAAGACGACGAACCAGAGGAACCACCCAAGCGUGUCUCGCGCUUCAAGAAAGAGCGCGCCACCGGUGGCCUCCCACCAGGGCCACACCAGCUGCCUGCAACAUUUAUCCACAAAGCUGCCGCACCGCCACCCGAGCCGACACCGCCAGAGGAUACAACCAUUGCUCCCACCGUUGUUGAGAGACCCACCCCCGCUACAGCCGCCGAACCAGAUGACAUGGACGAGGCGAUGUUGUAUCAAGCCGCUGCGGUGGAGUAUAACCGCAUGAGGAACCAGCUGAUCCAAAAGCAGGGAGGGUUUAUUGAGGACCCGCCGCUGAAUGAGGACGGCAUCUUCAAUCUGCUUAUCAUUACUAGCGAUUCCAAGAUCAGAUCAAGAGGAGCUCUCUGA